AUGUGGCGGCUGGUGCGGGCGGGCGCCGCUCGGUUGGCUGCCGCGGGGGCCCCGGCUGCGCCGCUCGGCGGCCAUGGCGGUUGGUACGAGUGGUGCUCGCAGUCGCCGCCUGUGCACUGGGCCGAGGGCUGCCUGACGGCCGUGCAGGCGUCCGCGGGGCUGCCGUGGUGGGCCGCCAUCGCCUGCGGUGCCGCCCUUCUCCGCACCGCCGUCACCUUGCCGCUGGCCGCGCACCAGUGCCGGCUCCUGGCGCAGCUGGAAAACUUGCAGCCCGAGAUUAAAAACCUGGCUGAGCGCCUUCGCUAUGAAGUUUCUGUUCGUGGAAAGCAACUGGGUUGGUCUGAAAAGGUGGCCAGGUUCCAUUAUAAGAAGAGUCUGCGGAGAAUUAUCACGGAGCUGUACAUUCGAGACAACUGCCACCCCUUCAAAGCCACUCUGCUUGUGUGGGUGCAGGUUCCAAUGUGGAUUUGCGUGUCACUUGCUUUACGCAACUGCAGUGUUGGUGCCACAGGCUCAGAAGUUCAGGAGCAGUUCUCAGCAGGUGGAGCGCUGUGGUUCACAGACCUCACGGCACCAGACUCUACAUGGAUUCUGCCAGUUUCACUUGGGCUUGUGAAUUUGCUGAUAGUGGAGAUCUCUGCUGCACAAAAAAUGAAAGUUUCCAGGUUCCAGAAGAUUAUUACAAACUUCUUUCGAGUGGUGUCAGUAGUAAUGAUCCCUGUUGCUGCAACAGUCCCCUCUUCCAUGGCAUUGUACUGGCUGUGUUCCAGCUUCGUGGGACUCUCUCACAACCUGUUGCUGCGGUCUCCAGCCUUUCGUCGACUGUGUUGGAUACCAAGGACCAAAUCAGAAACAGAUACUCCCUACAGGGAUAUCCUGUCUACGUUGGCUACCAGAUACAGUUUCAAGAAAUGAUGUAGUUGGAAAUCUCAGAAGAGCUGUCCCAAAGAUCUUGCAGGGGGCUCUUCAGACUGCAGUCUACCUGCUAGACAGGACUGAAUGGCAGCAGUGGCGGCUGGGCUUGGUUUCUCACUGAGUUGCAGCGUUGGUAUCCUGGUCUGGUAGUGUUUCUUGAAGGAGUCAGGUCCUGGCAGUGACCUGGCAAGGUGAUGAAGUGAAAUCCUACCUUCUCCUGAGGAGCCUGGUUUCAGGAGGGAAGUUGUUAACUCUCAGCAGUUCUUGAGGGCAUAUCUGGAUGCUCCUUCCAGUUAUGGGCUCCCCAGCACAGCACAUGAGUGUACUGGAACCAGAUCCAGGGGAGGGCUGGAAGCUGAAGCCUAGGAUGUGCUGAGAGAAUGGAGUUUUGUCCAGCCCAUCAAGAGAUGGCCUUGCAGAGGAAAAGGGGAGAUGUAUCACUCUCUAUAUGUGCUUAGUGUGAAGUGGCAAAGGAGACAAACUUCCUGUGGAAGCCCAUAGCGGAAGGAUGAGAGGCAACAGGGCAAGCUGGAAGACAAAAUUUUCAGAACUGAUAGAAAACCAUACUUUUUUACCUCAAGGAUGGUCCCAGCCUGUACUUUUGCAUUACUGUAGCUGCUGUAACUUGUUUUGUACUGUGCUAAUGGAAGAAGUACCCUAUCCUUUCAGUUUGGCUGGAGUAGACAGUGAUACAGAUCUUAAAAAUGUCUAUAUUUGAUUAAUGAUAUCUGUUGAAAUACACCCUAACAAUA